GAGUGAUGAUGUCCAAUUCUUCACAGAUAGUCGACGACCGGACACCAGUGGAGCUGGGUUUUGAGACUGGUUCCCUGGUUUUGGUCAGUGUUCUUGGAGUUCCCGGCAACCUGCUGGUACUAAGUGCUAUUUUCCUUUACAAGAAGAUCCGGACCGUGGCUAAUGGCUUUGUAUUUAAUCUUGCGAUCGCUGAUCUGUUAGUGUGUACAGUGGUGGUGCCCAUGCUCAUUCCUUCCCGUAUACACCGGAAAUGGCUGUUUGGGGACGACCUGUGUGUGAUACAAGGCUUCUUCAACAUGGUUACAAUGUAUUCUUCUUUGUUUUUCCUCUCAGCCAUUGCAAUCAACAGACUGACUAUGAUUCGAUUCCCGAAGUAUUAUCACACCAUCUUCACCCCGACAUCCAGUUUCGUCAUCUAUCUCGCACUGUGGGGCCUGGCGGUGCUCAGUGCGCUUGCGCCGAUGAUCGGAUGGGGUCGGUACAAGUUCGACACAACUCGGGAUAAUUGUCUCUUCGAUCGAAAGGCGGCCCCAUCGUAUUCCAUUUUUAUGGCCAUCAUCGGGAUUUCAAUUCCAAUACUGGUUUGUGCCGCAUCAUAUAUGUGGAUCUGGGCUAUAUUCGUGAGUAACCGAACAAUCCUGCGCCAGCUGUCUAAUGAUCAGAAUAUUGGUGGUACAAACUUCUCCAGGGAGGAAGUCAAACUCACCAAGAACCUCUUCAUAAUCUGGGUGGCCUUCUUCGUGUGCUGGGCGCCCAUGACCAUCAUGCUAUUAACAGAUCCAAAGGGUCUGAUAGCCCGACCUUACUACGUCGCCAGUGUUUGGUUUCUUUUGGCCAACAGCUGUAUCAACCCAUUCAUCUACGGCCUAACAAACAAACAUUUUAGAGAAGGCUAUAAAAACAUCUUUGUGUUAUGCAAAAGAAAACUUGAAGGGAACGUUGUUCACCCCAGCCCAGAUCAACAGGAAGUGAUGCCAGGCCACUGCGGACAGUCGGCGAACACCUCCGACUUAGGCCGUCAACCAAUCAACGAACAGCCCGAUGUACAACCUAGUGACGUCACCGAUAUGGUGACGGCCAGUUCGCCCUGCACGCUGCAAGGAAGCAUCGACCAAAGAGUGAAAUCAAGGAAAUUGAACUGAACAUAUUUUUAAAGUAUUGACAAGAAAUGUAUGUAAAAAAAAAAGACAGUGAUAAUAAAAAAUUCG